AUGAUCGCCUUAGUGUUGUGCGGACUGCUGGCGGCGGUCUCGGCCGCGCCACAGCACUACUACCAUGGCCCGUCACAUUGGUCGUUCUAUCAUUACGACCCCUACAGUUCCUACGUUCAGGGAAGCAUGUUUGGCACACAUAUGGUUUGGUCCAACCUUGGCAACGGGAUGCAAAACUUGGACAACACGAUGAAGACGCUUCCGUUGAAGCUCCCCAGCUCUAAAGACGAAGGUCGCGGGGAAGGCGACAAGUACCGGGUAACUAUACCCCUGCCUGGUUACGAUCAGAAAGACAUCAACGUGAAAGCGAAGGAUGGAGUGCUGAUGGUGCAGGCUACCAGUAAUUUUAAUCAUUACUUGAAAAUACAGAACCUUCCCCGCGAUGUGAAUCCCGAAGGCAACUGGAUUUAUGAGAAAGACGUGUUGAAGAUCACCUUCCCGCUGAAGCAAAAGCAGCCAGAGGAUAGCCAGACGCCAAUUGUAGAGCCCACUAAGACGACCUCUACGAAUGAGAGUCGUGAAGAGAUGGAGUUCACCACCAAGAACAACGUGCGGGACGCUGACGUCAGCUUGGAGACAGCUCAGAAGUUCAAUGAGAUCGCGAACGCUGUAGAAACGACUACUCACGCUGUCAACUUCAGAGACGAUGUGCAGUUCUUGCCGAAUCCAUAUUAA